GAGAGGUGAGCCAUCUUCCCCCGGCAGAUACACUCUAAUAGAGCCUGGUCGAGGGGGAUGCGGGAAAUCAUCUGGGGAUUCUGGUGUCAUUUGGAGGCAGAGGCGAGUACAAGACGACGGACAGCUGGUGUCAGUCGGGAAGGAAGACAUGUGAAGGACUCUUCAGAUAUCUGCAUCAGAGCUGAUUGAGGGAUAUAUCAGCUGUGAACGUCAGAGAAGAGGCUCUUAUACUAAUACAAAGAAAGGAAAACAUUGAGCUCGGAGGGGGGAUUAAGAUCGAAAUAAGAACAUUAUGUAAACUAGGAAAAUGCAAAAGUCUAGAAGAUACGCGCUGUAAAUAAGAUGUAGUUCGUACAGUACGAAAGGUGUUUAUCGUCACCGGUAAAUGUAAACAAACAGCUAUUGAAGCUAGCUCAACUUAGCCGAUUGGGGUUAGCUUUCUAUUGCUAAUGCAUAUAGCUUAGCUAAUACACGGUUGUACCGGAGCAGAACGACGGUAAACCGACCUGAACAAACGUGUUUUGGGGCUCGUAAACCAAUUUAACUUUAAUAUAGUCGUUUGCAUCGGAUGACAGAUGUUUGUGUUGCAGUAUGCGGUUAUUAGCAUAAUUAGCAUUUCAGCUAACGUCGGCUAAAUGUUAUGUGCAUUAGCAGCCCAGCAUUCUAACAGAACUAGCACACUAAAUGUAGAAUAAAGAAGACAUUCGGCAUUACUACAAGCUACGUGUGUUUUUGAUGUCGACUCUUUGAAGUAUUUCGCCAUGAAACACACACUUUCGGGAUUCGUGUAACUGUUAACAGAUAAUCUAGAUAUCAACGUUAGUGGUCCAGUUGAUUGGCUGAAAGAAGUAGAACAACUUCAUGACUUCUAAAGAAUCACAUCGACAUCCCUUGUCAGCGCUGUUGGAGCUCUAUCUGGUGUAUUCGUGCAUAACGUUAGUGGAUGUACAUUUUAAGUUUAGCACUCUAUUCUCCUCGUUCUGUUUGACAGUAACAACACUUAUCCGGUGAGUUUGGCUCAGUACAGUCCGUAUUAUGGAGCUAUGUGUGAGGGCCCAGCGGUAAUAAGCCUCUCUCUCAGCUGUGUUCUGGUUGUUUUGGUUGCUAGUGGCCUCCCCUCCCCCAGUCUUCAGACUCUUAUUCUCCCCCAGUGUUGGACACUGUCCGCCGGGUCUCACUUGAAUCUUUUAGAUUGAAGCAAAAGGCCGUGACCUCUAGUCUUAGUCCCCUGGACUCGGAAGCAGUUAAGAAGUGGAUGUAAUGGAACUGAUGUUCGCCGAGUGGGAGGAUGGAGAGAGGUUCUCCUUCGAAGACUCGGACCGGUUCGAGGAAGACUCUCUGUGCUCCUUCAUCUCAGAGGCCGAGAGCCUCUGUCAGAACUGGAGGGGCUGGAGGAAGCAGUCCGCUGGACCCAACUCCCCUACUGUCAAGAUUAAAGACGGUCAGGUGAUUCCACUGGUGGAGUUGUCAGCGAAACAGGUAGCGUUCCACAUCCCGUUUGAGGUGGUGGAGAAGGUCUACCCGCCUGUCCCAGAACAGCUCCAGCUCCGCAUCGCCUACUGGAGCUUCCCCGAGAAUGAGGAGGACAUCAGGUUAUAUUCCUGCCUGGCUAAUGGGAGUCCGGAUGAAUUCCAACGUGGAGAGCAGCUCUACAGGAUCAGGGCUGUCAAAGACCCCCUGCAGAUUGGUUUCCAUCUCAGUGCUACAGUGGUGACCAGUCAGUCCGGUCAGUCCAAAGGGGCUUACAAUGUGGCGGUCAUGUUCGAUCGCUGCCGCAUCACUUCCUGCAGCUGCACCUGUGGCGCCGGGGCCAAAUGGUGCGCCCAUGUGGUGGCUCUCUGCCUCUUCAGGAUCCACAAUGCAUCAGCAGUGUGUCUGAGGGCUCCAGUCUCUGAGUCUUUGUCCAGGCUGCAGAGAGACCAGCUCCAGAAGUUCGCCCAGUACCUCAUCAGUGAGCUGCCUCAGCAGAUCCUCCCCACAGCUCAGCGGCUGCUGGAUGAGCUGCUGUCCUCUCAGUCUACCGCCAUCAACACCGUGUGUGGAGCUCCAGACCCGACAGCAGGCCCUUCAGCAUCUGACCAGAGUACUUGGUAUUUGGAUGAGUCGACCCUCAGCGACAACAUCAAAAAGACUCUGCACAAGUUCUGUGGGCCCUCACCUGUCGUCUUCAGUGAUGUAAACUCCAUGUACCUGUCAUCCACGGAGCCGCCAGCCGCCGCUGAAUGGGCGUGUCUGCUGCGACCUCUGAGGGGCAGAGAGCCAGAAGGCAUCUGGAACCUUCUGUCCAUCGUCAGGGAGAUGUUCAAGAGACGAGACAGCAACGCCGCCCCGCUGCUUGAGAUUCUCACUGAACAGUGCCUCACCUAUGAACAGAUCAUCAGCUGGUGGUACAGCGUUCGGACCUCAGCGUCCCACAGCAGCGCCAGUGGCCACACUGGACGCAGCAACGGCCAGUCAGAGGUGGCGGCUCACGCCUGUGCCAGCAUGUGUGAUGAGAUGGUGGUGCUGUGGAGGCUGGCAGUGCUCGACCCCACUAUGAGCCCCUGCAGGCGUCUGGAACUAGCAGGCCAGCUGAAGCAGUGGCACCUGAAAGUUAUAGAGAUAGUGAAGCGGGGACAACAUCGCAAGUCCCUGGAUAAACUGUUCCAGGGCUUCAAGCCCGCUGUGGAGUCCUGCUAUUUCAACUGGGAGGUGGCCUACCCACUAGACGGCAUCACCUACUGCUGUGCUGAUAAGAAGAGUGCCACUUUCUGCUGGUCCAGGGCAGUGCAGCACCAGAGAGGAGUCAAAGCUGCUGCAGGAGUGGGCGGAGAACCUCCUGAACCAGGGGGAGGGGGGAGAGGUGAAGGUGGAGCUGGGGGAGAUUUUAAAGGAAGAGGUCACCCGUCCCAACAGGAGGUGGCAGUGCGACCUAAGGAGACCAUACUGACCAAGAGAAAAGGUCUGUCAGUGAGCGGAGGGGGAGGGAUGCUGGUCCGUCUGGGAGGGGCCGUCGCUCUGUCCCUGGAAGACGGAGGAGGGAAGUGUGUGUACAAAGGGCCGGGCUCCUCCUCUGGAGGGAAGCUGAAACUGACACAGGGAGGCGGGAAGGGGGCAUCUGUAGGAGGUCCAGGAGGAAGUGGAGGCAUAGGAGGUGGUAAGCAUGCUGGUGCCAAGCGGAGAACCAGCAGUGAAGACAGCUCCCUGGAGCCGGAUCUGGCUGAGCUCAGCCUGGACGACGGCUGCAGUCUGGCUCUGGGGGCUGAGGCCAGCAACACUUUUGAGUUUCUCCCCCCACCACCAGAGAUGCUGCCCUCCCCCAGCCUGCUGCUCCGAGACUCGCGCAAGUACAACAACAACAGCAGCGGGGGGGGCAAAAUGUUUGAGGCGAAGCGCGUGAGCCAUGCCUCAGCUGCACUUCCUGCCGCAGAGCCUGCUCCAGCACACGCAGUGGUGGUUGUUAUGGACAUGCAAAGCGCUGCAGAGAAGGAAGCAGAGCUGAAGGCGACGCCUGUCCAGAACAAAGAUGAAGAUGUAGACUCGGCCGGCAGUAACCAGCCUUCCACCUCAACCACUACGGUAAGAUCAGUCACCACUCAACCGUCUGCCAAGCCACCGCGGGCCCGCAGAGAGGUGGUGUCUGGUGGAGCAGUAGCAGGGACUGGAGCAGCUGCUGCAGCUGGGCUAGCCAACCAAGGAGCAGAGGCAGCAAGUGGAGCUGCAGGAGGAGAAGCUGUGGCUGAGGACGACUAUCAAGCAUACUACCCGAGUGCUGCCUCACAGGAGGGAGCAGACAGACAGCUGACUGACAACCACCAGGAGGAGGAGCCAGACAUCUUCGCAGGGAUGAAACCGCUGGAGCAGGAGCCACACAUGGAUGUGCUGUUUGCGUGUGCCGAGGCCCUCCAUGCUCAUGGCUACAGUAAUGAGGCGUGCCGGCUGGCCGUGGAGCUGGCCAGAGACCUGUUAGCCAAUCCUCCAGACCUGAAAGUGGAGCAGCCACAGACUAAGGGUAAGAAGAGCAAGGUGUCCACCAGCCGUCAGACGCAGGUAGCCACUAACACGCUGUCCAAGGCUGCCUUCCUCCUCACUGUUCUCUGUGAACGACUGGAGCUCCACAACCUGGCCUUCAGCACCGGCAUGUUCUCCCUGGAGCUCCAGAGACCACCGGCAUCUACCAAAGCUCUGGAGGUGAAGCUGGCCUACCAGGAGUCGGAGGUGGUGUCUCUGUUGAAGAAGAUUCCUCUGGGCCUGGUGGAGAUGUCGGCCAUCAGAGAGAGAGGCGAGCAGCUCCGAGACGGAAACUUCUGUGACUACAGACCUGUGCUGCCUCUCAUGUUGGCCAGCUUCAUCUUUGAUGUCCUGUGCACCCCAGUUUGUGCAGUUGUGUCCCCAACGGGUUCCCGUCCACCAAGCCGCAACCGUAACAACGACAUGCCCGGUGAUGAGGAGCUGGGCUUCGAGGCUGCUGUCGCUGCUCUUGGUAUGAAGACCACCGUAAGUGAGGCGGAGCAUCCUCUGCUGUGUGAAGGAACUAGACGGGUGAAAGGUGACCUGGCUCUGGCUCUCAUGAUCACCUAUAAGGACGACCAGAGCAAGCUCAAGAAGAUACUGGAUAAAUUGUUGGACAGGGAGAGUCAGACCCACAAGCCCCAGACUCUAAGCUCCUUCUACUCCAGCAAGCCGGCAGCUGGCAGCCAGCGCAGCCCAUCCAAACACACUGCCGCCAGCCACAGCGGGGCCAGCGGGGGGGUCUCCAAACACGCGCCCUCAUCUUCGUCCGCGGCAGCAGUGGUGGCCUCUUCUUCCAGCUCUUCCUCUGCUGUAGCAGUGGCUGGUGAAGAGGCGGCUCAUCAGGCUGAUUUGAACACAGUGCAGAACAACAGUACAGCAGGAGAGAGCACUGCUGAGACCAGGGAGCAUGAUGGGCCUCCUUCAUCGAGUGACCAGCAGAAUGAAACGGCUCCAUUUAAGCUGGAGGCCACAGUGCCCAGUCGGCUGGCGCUGGGGGCGCGCUGUGGCUACAAUCAGCGCUGCUGGGGCUCUCCUGUCCGGCAGAAGAAGAAACACACCGGCAUGGCGAGUAUCGACAGCAGUGCUCCGGAGACCACCUCGGACAGCUCCCCCACUCUCAGCCGUCGGCCGCUCCGGGGCGGCUGGGCGGCAACGUCUUGGGGGCGGGGCCAGGACAGUGACAGCAUCAGCAGCUCCUCGUCUGAUUCGCUGGGCUCCUCCUCCUCCAGCGGCUCUCGCAGGGCAGGGGGCGGGGCCAGGGCCAAGAGCACCGACACCAGCAGGUACAAAGGGCGACGUCCAGAGUGCCAUGCCCCCCACGUGCCCAACCAGCCAUCGGAGGCAGCAGCCCAUUUUUACUUUGAGCUGGCCAAGACGGUGCUGAUCAAAGCCGGAGGAAACUCCUCCACCUCCAUUUUUACCCAGCCCUCGGCCAGCGGGGGACACCAGGGACCCCACAGGAACCUGCACCUGUGUGCCUUUGAGAUUGGCCUGUAUGCUCUGGGCCUCCACAAUUUUGUCUCACCCAACUGGCUGUCCAGGACCUACUCCUCCCAUGUAUCCUGGAUCACUGGCCAGGCAAUGGAGAUCGGCAGUGCCGCCCUCAACAUUUUGGUGGAGUGUUGGGACGGUCACCUCACCCCUCCAGAGGUGGCGUCCCUCGCUGACCGAGCAUCGCGGGCCAGGGACCCCAACAUGGUUCGGGCGGCAGCAGAGCUGGCCCUGAGCUGCCUGCCUCACGCUCAUGCCCUCAAUCCUAAUGAAAUCCAGAGAGCCCUGGUGCAGUGCAAAGAGCAGGACAACGUGAUGCUGGAGAAGGCCUGCAUGGCAGUAGAGGAAGCAGCCAAGGGUGGAGGUGUGUACCCCGAGGUUCUGUUUGAGGUGGCUCACCAGUGGUACUGGCUGUAUGAGCAGUCAGUGGGCGGGGGCUCAGGCCAGCAGCGGGAGACCUCUGGGCGCUGUGGGGCCAACGGGGGCUCGGGCAGGAGGCCCCUGGAGUCCAGCUGCGUUGUCCUCGACGCCAACAUGGAGUCCGCGGGAGUGGCGACGGUCGCGGCCUCGGUCACCGCGGCGGCCGUCGUGCCCGUCAUCUCCGUGGGAUCCACCAUCUAUCAGUCCCACGCCAUGCCGGGGCAGGCCAUGGUGCACCCCCACAGCCAGGGCCUCCACCCCUACACCACCAUUCAGGCCCAUCUCCCCACCGUCUGCACCCCCCAGUACCUGGGACACCCUCUGCAGCAUGUCCAACGACCCACCAUCUUCCCUGUAGCUGGGGCUGCAUACCCACAGGGAAUGCACCCAGCCUUCAUCGGGGCCCAGUACCCGUUCUCAGUGGCCACUGUCCCCCAGCCUCCGAUGGCAGCCACGGCCGUGACCUUCCCCGGUGUCCCCGUACCGUCCAUGACUCAGAUCGCCGUCCACCCCUACCACCCUGAUACAGGCCUGCCCCUCAGCACCACCGUAGCAGGUCAGGACUACACACACUGUGUUCAAAUCCAGCAGCUAUCAACGUUCUAUUACAUGUCGUCUGUAGGCAGCAUCCACGCGGGCCCCACUAUCCAGGCCAUACAGGGGACGGCCCUGUCCUCCCAGCCCGUCUCGUUGCUCAGCUCUCCUUUCCCAGCAGAGGAUGAGCAGCACAGCCAGCCAAUCAGCCAACAGGGCCUGCACUACCUGCAUUCUGCUUACAGAGUUGGAAUGCUGGCAUUGGAGAUGCUGGGCAGGAGGGCUCACAAUGACCACCCGAACAACUUCUCCAGGAGCCCGCCUUACACUGAGGACGUCAAAUGGCUGCUUGGACUGGCUGCGAGGCUAGGAGUCAACUACGUGUAUCAGUUCUGUGUCGGAGCAGCAAAGGGUGUCCUGAGUCCGUUCGUCCUGCAGGAGAUCAUAAUGGAGGCUCUGCAGAGGCUGAACCCCGCCCACAUCCACGCCCACCUCAGAACACCUGCUUUCCACCAGCUCGUCCAGCGCUGCCAACAGGCCUACCUGCAGUACAUCCACCACCGGCUCAUCCACCUGACGCCCGCCGACUAUGACGACUUUGUCAACAUCAUCCGCAGCGCUCGCAGCGCUUUCUGCCUGACGCCCGUGGGUAUGAUGCAGUUUAACGACGUGCUGCAGAACCUGAAGAGAGGCAAGCAGACCAAGGAGCUGUGGCAGCGCAUCUCCCUGGAGAUGGCUACCUUCUCCCCCUGAGCAGCACGCUCACGGGGGGAGUGUGCUGGGCCCGGCCGAGGAGCCCCAUCCAGCCUCCAGCAUUGCUACUGCCACUGCACCAAGCGGGCCACAUCCACGCCGUCUGGUUCUGUUGGGGACCCCGCUCUUCACUAUGUGGACUUAAACAAACACAGCACACAGGCAGUACAAUCAGCUCCCGUGACCCCCCCCCCCAACACACAGAGACUUGUUAUGUGUGUUGGUCCACACAGAGCUCAGAGGAGGAGCCGGGGUCACUGACUCCUCCCUUCCCGUUUUAUCAUGGUUCAUGUUUGUGUAACUGUGGAAAUUAAAGUGUACUCCUUCCUUUCUUCAUCUUACUCGUCUCUUCCAUUCCCCUAAACUGAAGACAUUGACGGGGAACCCUCACCCUCCAUCCUCAAGUAUUUUCUUUUGGUUUUGUUCCGAAUGAAGCUGCCGUGUUUGGGUCAUUUUCAUGCUGCAACAUUCCUGUCCAGAGUGGUAGGCCUCCUUCACCAAACGCGUGUCACUGUGGAUCUGAAUCUUUGCAGUGUGGGAGGAAAAGGAAGAUUUGCAAGGGGGGGAGAAAAGUUUAAAAGUUCAAUACAAAAUUCUAUUGUGAGUACGGGUGAGGAUUUUUUAGUAUUUUGUUUAAUCUUUUGAUACUUUGUAUAGAAUAUGACAUGUAUGUCGAGAGGAGCGGGAAGAGAGGGAGAAUGUUAAAGGUGCUGUUGUUAUUGUGUGGGAUCCAUGUUAACAUUUCAGCCUGCCUGAGGAGAGACAUGAGAACAGCUCCAGACCCAAACCAGAGGCAGGGCCAGCAGGGCCUCACUCAGUCAGCAGGGCCUCACUCAGUCAGCAGGGCCUCACCACAGCAGGGCCUCACUCGUCGUCCAGCAGUCCUUUGACUUGUCAGUAGGGCUGGGUAUCCAUUCAAAUAUAUUGAUUGUUUCGGGGGAGGUUGUUGGAUCCCCUAUAGGCCACAUCACUGUUUCUUUUUAUAAAUCAGUUUUUCUCCAAAACAUUUCUGCAAACUGUCUCAACACAACUGAGCAGAAUGUCAGCUACAAUACAAUACAAUACAGUCAAAAAAGUAUUUCCAUCAAGGGAGCACAGAACGUGUUCAUGUGACAAGAAACCAAGAGUUCAGCGCCAGCAGCAUUUGAUUCUCAGUAAUACAAACACCCAGAACUAUUGUGAUUCCAUACCCAGCCCUUCUAAUCACUGCCUAGUUCAGAUGCAUAGACAGACCCAGAUGCUUCCCACUGACAGGUGCAGGGAGCCGCUGUGUGUUGCUCUUCACAGGUGUACAGUUGCCAAACUGUCUUUUUAGGUUCUCCUUCUCAAACCAAAACAUAGCUGAUGAAACAUACUUUGUUCUUAUCUUUGUUUAGCUUGACUGGGUGCAGUGUCCUCUUCACCUCAUUCUGGUUCAACCAAACAUGAAUCCCAGCUUCAACCACCACUGGGUGUUUGGUCCCCCGUCGGUGAGGCGGGGCAGCCAUGACACCAUUCUGGCCUCAAACAAACUUGAACAAGUUGCACAAAGAUGAGGUUUGUGCUAAUUGGUAACUUUGGUUUUACUAGCGAGGAAAGAUGGUUGAGAUCUAAGUAGUCUGUCUGUACGUGUCCUCUGAAGCAUCUGGGACUGUCACACACCGGAUAAGACGGUCCCAUACAGAACUCUCAAAUCCUCUUCAAAGUUCACACUUCCAAACUGAAUAUGCGCUAGUUUAUCCGGGGCAGCUAACAUUAGCACCUGCUUGAAUUUGUCCCAAUAUUCACUGAGUGGCACUCCCUUGUCUCUGGGAGUCUGUCCCCUCUGCAGACUCUGUGGUCCUCCCCUGAAGUGAGACUCGGCUGUGGGUCGGUUCUGGAAAGCCCUGCUUCACUGAGUCCAAACGGUCCCCUAGACCUGGGGUGUUUGAGUGUGUGGUUAGCUCGUAGACCCGGUGCUGUUACUUAAAGAUGUGUUGACGGUCCAUCUCUGUCCAGGCAGCUGCUGUGGGUGUGAUCCCGACGCUCUGAUUGGCUCUGGUCCUCACAGGUGAAGGCGACUUAGUAGAAAAUGUACUGUGAUAUUUUUGUAUUCCUCAAAAAGUGUAGCUUGUUUGAAAAGUUCUAUAUGUGCUGAUUGCAAAAGGUUCUAAUUUAGAGUGAAAAGAAUAAUAAAAAAUAAAAGCAAUACUUUGUGUAGAGUUUACUUAAUAAAGAUAACUCCAAACAGUGA